AUUAGUCAGUAGUAACCGUUCGUCCAAUAUUGUUCUUUUAGCAUUGUGUAAAACUCUGGAAACCGUAAGCCAUUUGGUUCCUUCGCAUGCAUUUUCUCGGCUCGCCAUGUCUGGGAACACUGCCAGAACACGUCAUAAUAAUCACAAGUCAUGACAAGUAUUUUCUAUUAACCGUUCGACGACCAACCGGUGCCCACCUGUCGAGCUACAUAUAGUACAUAGAGAAGAGCUGAGAGUUCGUACUUCAGAUAGUACUUCAGUUAGUUCAUGCUUCACAGGAGUGACGUCGUAACAGUGCUGAGAAUACGUCGGAGUUUUGCCGUGUUGGACUUUUGCAGCUUGCUGAUUGUCGGUCCAUAAAUAUCAGCUAACCGGAUUAGUUUCUAUUUCGAUUUGUAUUGCAAAUAAUGAAGAUCUGUUCUACUGAUUCAGCACUGAACUAAUUGAGCCACGAGACACUGAUAGUACAGCCUGUGACUUACAAACUCCACUUGUGACUGAAUUUUAUAUGGUGACGAGAGGUGACCGCAGAAGAUAUCACCUGUAGGUAUUCUGUACCAGUAUCAGUCUACUCUGAUUACUGGAACUGUGAUUUGUAUUGCAAAUAAUGAAGAUCUGUUCUACUGAUUCAGCACUGAGCUAAUUGAGCCACGAGACACUGAUAGUGCAGCCUGUGACUUACAAACUCCACUUGUGACUGAAUUUUAUGUGGUGGCGAGAGGUGACCGCAGAAGAUAUCACCUAUGAAUGUUUAACAAUUUUUCCUCGCCGUAGAUUUGUGUUGCAAAUAUUAAAGAUCUGUUCUACUGAUUCAGCACUGAGCUAAUUGAGCCACGAGACACUGAUAGUACAGCCUGUGACUUACAAACUCCACUUGUGACUGAUAAUAUUAUAAUAAUUUACAAUGGCUGAGACUAUGAAUAUUGAUGUAUCGAUUAAGUUGCCUCCACUAUUGCUGCAACCUUUUUCUAUCAAUAAUAACGAAGCCAAAUGUACGAAAUGUAAUAUUUCAUGUGCACCUGAAGAGAAAAAUAUUCUUUACCAUCUUUCUGUAUGUAAUGGGACUCUUAUUGAAGAAAAUAUUCAAACACAAUUUAAAUUCAAUUGCUUGAAGUGCAAUUAUUUAACUGAUAGUAUUGAUCAAUGGAAGUGCCAUUUAUUCAAACUUGAUCAUAUUUCCAAAAAUGUUGAUUUUGAUAUAAUAACAUUUUCAUACGAUUGCAUGUUAUGUAAUACUCAUUUCUACGGUUUUAGAGAGAGUAUACUUAAACAUCAUUGUCAACCUAAAUUUAUUUCAAAAUUAUCAUAUGUAAUGUCCACUGUUUAUGGGAAACACAAAUGUCAGGAUAACCAGACUAUGCUUCAUUAUUGUACGUAUUGCUCUUUUUACACAUAUAAUUUAACAGAAUUGCAUAAGGAGAAACACAGUGAAGUUGCUUGCAUUUCUGUAUGCCAUUCGUGUCACAUUACAUUUUAUGGCCAAACAAAUGAACAGUAUUUGAACCACAGAGUUACAUACGAGCAUAUGCUCCUGUGGUACUUAAACGGUGCUCGGAGCAAAACGAAGAAAAUAAAUUCAACUAAUUUAAAUAAAAGUUAUGAUGUUGAUGACGAUGACAACCCUCGAGAGACCAUAUGUCAGGACAAUAAUGAAAUUAUUAUUUCCACACGAAACCUAACGUCCUAUAUUACAAAAAAAAAUAUUAUUACAGAAUUAAUUGAUCAACUGUCUGCACAGCCAAUGAAGUCUGCAUUUAACGAUUACAUAAGAAAGAAUUUUGAUUUAUAUAUCCGAGAGCUGCAAACAAGUAAUAAUAUUGAAUUAUCAAUGGGGUUUUAUUGUGAAAUCUGUGAUAUAGUUCUUUGUAAUCAUGAUGCUUGGAAUGAGCACGACAAAGAGUUUCAUAUCAAUGAUAAUGACAUUAAGGUUUUAUUCUGUGGUGUUUGUUGCAUUUACCACUUGAGUGCUCAGACUGUUACUAUCAAACAGCAUUUUAUGACUGUGGAACAUAUAGCAAUGAAAGUAUUUCAUCAAAUCACAUUGAAUCAAAUAAAAACCUCAACAGAUCACAUCAAUAAUUUUAAUAAAAACCCUAAUCCCACCAAUGAUGACAAGGAUUCUGAUUUCAAUGUUGAAACUAAAAAUAUCAAAUAUUCAAAUGAAUAUUAUGUAAAGAACAAAACUAUUAAAAACGAUGAUAGUAAUUUUAAAAAAAAUAAUUAUAUCGUAUUAAACGAAAUAAUUCAAGAACGAUAUGGUAAAUUCAAACUGGUCGAAUAUGUAAACAAUUCAUUUGCGAUUCUUUUCGAAAAUAUAUCCCAAGUUAAACGUUUACGUGAGGAUAAAAAAGAAUUAGAAAACCAGUAUGACUUUACAAUACAAUUUGUAGAAAAUUAUCAUUCAGAAAAAGUAUUAUCAUUGGAAACAAAGAAAUUAUUUGAAGAUUGGAGCUUGUUGUGUGCCAAAAUUCUCAGUGACUUAGAAUUGAUGAAUUUGUCACGAACCAGCAUAGAAACCCGAUCCCGUGUUCAACAAUUGUGUGACUCAAUAUGUAGCUUUCAAAUUAAUACAGAUUCAAAAAAGAUUCACACUUUUGGUUCUCGAGUUUAUGGACUUGCAACAAAUACAACUAAUAUAGAUAUAUAUUUGGAAAUCGAUGACACGUUUGACGGAAUAAUAGCAAAUAAUGAAAAAAUUCAAGUGGAAUAUGUACAACAAUUUACGAAAUAUUGUUUAUCGAAGCCCGAAGUCUUUCAAAAUGUUAAAUCAAUCUGUAAUUGCCGUAUGCCUAUUGUUACAUUUUAUCACGUACCAUCUAAGUUCAUCUGCGAUGUGUCCUUUAAAAGUGGUCUUGUCACGUAUAACACUGAGCUAAUCAAAUUUUAUUUGUUGAUGAACCCUACUGUGAAGUGGCUGGUCUGUGUUAUUGUGAAGAAUUGGGCUCCCCAAAAUGGUUUAAUAGACAGGCAAUUAUUCACCAGCUAUGCCUUGAUAUGGCUGGUACUGUUUUAUUUGAUGACGGAAAAAGUGGUACCAUCGUUGAUCAAACUCAGGCACAUUUCUACUGAAGAUGAUCAUAAAGUCAUUGAAGGAUGGGACUGUACGUUUGGAAAAUGUUUUAUCUAUAUCAGUGAAGAGAAACGCCCAAAACUGUUAUUGGGUUUUUUUCAAUACUAUGCCAAUAAGAGAGCAUUAAAGGACAAUGUACUGUCUACUUGCACUGGUCAGUUAAUCAAAAAGCAUGAAUUUUUCGAAAGGUUCAGUCAGUUGCCUGGACUAAGUCAAAUACAGAGAACAAAGUUUAAAAACUUUAAAGCAGAAGUUGAUUCAAGUUUUGAAAAAAAUUACGGACUGGUUUUGCAGGAUCCAUUUGAACUGUCGUUCAACCUAACCAGAAAUUUACAUGAUAAAGCUUUGAACGACUUUUGUGAUCUGUGUAUGCAAAGUUCAAGACUUUUGCUUAAUAUGAAGGAUUAAGGGUUAAAAUAUGUUUACUAAUGCACAUUUUUGUGAUUUUUACGCCUUUUGUUAAAAUUAAACUUUAAAUAAACACUUAAUUAUAACUUCUAUUAUUUACAUCAUUAAAAAAAAAUUAUUACUGCCAUUA